AUGUAUUUUCUAUUUUGUAUACACUGUCGUUUAUUUGCUUCUUUCUUUCUUUUUUCUUUCUUUCUUAUUUUCUAUUUUGUAUACACUGUCGUUUAUUUAAUUGUUUCUUUCCUUUCAUGUAUUUUCUAUUUUGUAUACACUGUCGUUUAUUUAUUUUUCUUUCUUUCUUUUUCCUUUCUUUCAUGUAUUUUUUCUAUUUUUACACUGUCGUUUAUUUUUUUCUUUCUUUUUUCAUAUAUUUUUCUAUUUUGUAUACACUGUCGUUUUAUUUACUUCUUUCUUUCAUUUUUUUCAUUCUUUUUUCCUUCAUGUAUUUUCUAUUUUGUAUACACUGUCGUUUAUUUAAUUGUUUCUUUCCUUCAUGUAUUUUUUAUUUUUUACACUUCGUUUCUUUCCUUUAAUUCGUUUUUCUUUCUUUCUUUCUUUCAUGUAUUUUCUAUUUUGUAUACACUGUCGUUUAUUUAA